CUCUGCAACCUCGUGAAUCCUUACAAGGAGCCAUUUUUUAGAUGGUUGUUUGGCACGACUCCACGGCAAGAACCACAAGAAGUUGAUUGAGGGGGGUAUCAAAGUCAUUUCCGUUUCUCGUAUUAUGUUUUACUAAAAUUUCUAAAGAUCCUUGUAUUUAGGUGCAUAUUUGCACGGACCUUGUUAUACCAGCAUGGUAGAGCUGUAGAGGGGCAGAGCCAAUGGAUGGGAAGUGUUGUUAGGAGUCUAGGACCAAUAAUGUAGUUGGAUUUUUUUCCCCCCUCCAAGAGCUACUGUAGGAAGCUUGCAAUGCGGGGAACACGAAGGGCAUAGUCGUCAAAUGCGCCGUUCCGCCCACAACGCAAGGCAGUCCGGGUCCGGCAGUCCUCCCUCCCACUCCCUACCCGAAAGCUUCACCCGGACGCUUGCCCUUCUCCGUCAUUAACCAUCCCAACCUCCGAGACCGGGACGGGUCGGGACCUCCCCUUUGCGUCCUCUCGCCGCUCCCUUCUGACGGAAACGCCCCUCACCCACCGGGCGCGCGACCGACGCCGCCGGCGAUGCUCCGGCCGUCGUACUCGCGGCGCCUCCUCCAGAGCAGCAGCGACAGCGGCGGCGCCAUCCUCCCCAACCCGAACCAGAGCCCGAGCCGCAUCCCGGGCAUCCCGCCCGCCGACCCGCCCCCGGCCGUCAACUCCGAUGUCGUGGUGAUCCUCGCCGCCCUCCUCUGCGCGCUCAUCUGCGUCGUGGGCCUCGCCGCCGUCGCCCGCUGCGCCCGGUCCCGCCGCCGCAACAGGGGCGCGGAGGCCGACGACGGCGCCGCCCCGGCGUCCCCCUCGAGCAACCCGGGCAGCGGCGGCGGCGGCGGCGGCGGGCACCACCACCACCACCACCACGCGCAGCAGGCCACCGGCGCGAGCGUGGCCACUAACACCACUACCGCCGCUGCCAGCAAAGGGCUGAAGAAGAAGGCGCUGAAGGCGCUGCCGAAGCUGGCGUACGCGGACGCGGUGGCGGCGGCCGCGGCGGCGCGCGGCGCGGCGCCGGCCGCGGAGGGCGAGGAGGAGGCGAAGGCGGAGGAGCUGCUGGCGGAGUGCGCCAUCUGCCUGGCGGAGUUCGGCGAGCGGGAGGAGGUGCGCGUGAUGCCGCAGUGCGGGCACGGGUUCCACGUCGCGUGCGUCGACACCUGGCUGCGCUCCAACUCCUCCUGCCCGUCCUGCCGCCGCCCCAUCGUCCUGGACGACCCGGCGCCCCCCAAGCGCUGCCGCAAGUGCGAGGCCGUCGUCCUGGAGGCCGUCCUCGCCUCCUCGUCCGCCGCCGGCGGCGGUGGCAGCAGCGGAGGCCGCCGCGGCGGUGGCGGUGGGGGAUUCUUGCCGUAGUAUAUCAGCAGUAGUUGGCCGGUUGUCUGAUUGUCUGACGGGUGGGGCCAGGCCGGUCCUACUCCUGGGUUGUUGAGCUGCCACCAUCAGCCCGUGCCCACAUGUCAUUAGCGCAGCCAAGAUCCCCUCUAAAGCAAUGAAAACGAAGAAUAACUAGUAGAAGGAGAGAAAAAAAUGUGAUUCUUUUUGUACAACCUUUUGGAGUUCAGCAGCAACUUUGGCUUGUGGGGGGGCAUCACAUCUGUUGGAAACUUUGCAGCUGGUAACUGUAAAGGGAAAUUGUGAAUUGGGGUAAAAAAUAUAUAUUUGUGUUAUAUAUACUAGUAGUAGUUUCUAGUUUGUACUGAAAGGCUAUUUGCAGUGACUGAAGUAGAGAGGAUUUAAACCAUGGAUGUUUUUUUUAUAAAAAAAACAUGGAGUUUCUCUCAUCAGUAUAUACUAGACUAGGUGUGCUUUGGCAUUA